AUGCUGCAGACCCUUUGGCAUUUUCUGUCUAGCUUCCUUCCCAGGGCAAUAUGUCAAGGUCCUGCAGAUGAAAAAGAGGAUGAGGCCAGAAACACCACCCCACUUCCAGGCCCCGGGGAGAAAGGGCCAAAGAUGGUGGGGAAGCCACAGGACAGAGGGACUGAUCCUACUGAAAGGAGACCAACUAUCCUACUGGUGGUUGGACCCGCAGAGCAUUUUCCAAAGAAAAUUGUGAAGGCUGGAGACAAGGACUUGGAUGGACAGCUGGAUUUUGAGGAAUUUGUUCACUAUCUCCAAGAUCAUGAAAAAAAGCUGAGACUGGUCUUCAAGAGUUUGGAUAAGAAGAAUGAUGGCCGCAUUGAUGCCCAGGAGAUUGUGCAGUCUCUUCGGGACCUGGGAGUCAAGAUCUCUGAACAGCAGGCUGAGAAAAUACUGAAGAGAAUAAGGACGGGACACUUCUGGGGUCCUGUCACCUACAUGGAUAAAAAUGGGACAAUGACAAUUGAUUGGAAUGAGUGGCGAGACUAUCACCUGCUGCACCCAGUGGAGAACAUUCCUGAAAUCAUCCUCUACUGGAAGCACUCAACGAUCUUUGAUGUAGGAGAGAAUUUGACUGUCCCGGAUGAGUUCACAGUGGAAGAGAGGCAGACAGGGAUGUGGUGGAGACAUCUGGUUGCAGGUGGAGGUGCAGGUGCCGUGUCCAGAACCUGUACAGCUCCCUUGGACCGCUUGAAAGUGCUCAUGCAGGUUCAUGCCUCCCGCAGUAACAACAUGUGCAUCAUCGGUGGCUUUACUCAAAUGAUCCGAGAGGGUGGCACACGGUCGCUGUGGCGAGGGAACGGCAUCAAUGUGUUGAAGAUUGCACCAGAAUCUGCCAUCAAGUUCAUGGCCUAUGAGCAGAUCAAGCGCUUCAUUGGCACGGACCAGGAGAUGCUGAGGAUCCAUGAGCGACUCUUAGCUGGGUCUCUGGCGGGGGCAAUUGCACAGAGCAGCAUCUACCCGAUGGAGGUUCUGAAAACACGGAUGGCUCUAAGGAAGACAGGACAGUAUUCAGGCAUGUUGGAUUGUGCCAAAAACAUCCUUUCAAAGGAAGGAAUGGCUGCUUUCUACAAAGGCUACAUCCCCAACAUGCUAGGAAUCAUUCCGUAUGCUGGUAUUGACCUGGCAGUCUAUGAGACACUAAAAAAUACCUGGCUGCAGCGCUAUGCUGUCAACAGUGCUGACCCUGGAGUCUUUGUUCUGUUGGCUUGUGGUACCAUCUCCAGUACCUGUGGACAGCUUGCUAGUUACCCACUGGCUCUUGUGAGGACACGCAUGCAGGCCCAAGCUUCAGUGGAAGGGGCUCCUGAAGUGACCAUGAGGGGACUGUUCAAACACAUCCUGAAGACAGAAGGAGCAUUUGGUCUUUACCGGGGUCUGGCACCGAACUUUAUGAAGGUGAUCCCAGCUGUAAGCAUCAGCUAUGUGGUUUAUGAAAACUUGAAGAUGACUCUGGGUGUGGAGUCACGGUGACCAGGAGAUGCUGAAGACCUGGAACUCUGAAAUCUUGGGGUGCAAUCCCAAGACGUACAGCCAUCUCUCAUUCUGUGAAUGUGUUGACACUAAGCUGACUAAGCAAAGCUGUGAAAUCUUCAGAUUGUUUGUGAGUCAGUAAG